UUUUCGUGCGCUUAGUUCCGCGCCGGGUGUCAGAACAGUCGUAUCGACUCGAGUUCGCGCGCGCGCGCGCGUUUUCCAAAAAAUCCAAAAACACUCCACAGCCGCAUCUGUCCGGGUGAAAAAUCAAGAAACCGAGACGAGGCACGAGAACCGACCAGGGACUAAUGUUGUGGCGGGAAAGGCGGAUAAUUAUUCACUAAGAGUAAUAAACGUAUGACGAGUUCGCGCGCAAAAGUGCCGCUGCGAAAAGUGGGAAGAAGCAUCGGCGUCGGGCCUUCUGUGCGGAGGACUUUCGUUCCCUCGGAGACGGUGAUACUCGCGGACGGAGAGGGAAGCAGCAGGAAAAAGGAGAAAGUACAGACAGAGGCUAGCGAAAACCGAUCAAUCCGAUCUGCGUGUGCUGCCCUUUCCCAUCCAUCCACUCACCUAUUCGUUCGCCCGUUGAGCAAAACUCCACGAAUGCCACGAUGUGCUGUGUGUGUGAUGUACGGUGCAGUGAGUUGGUGCUAAUUUAGUGAUAACGAUAUUCCCUCCUCUGUCGUAUCUUACGUCCGCGUACGCGAACGAACUGGUCGCCACGUUAUCUCAUCCGGGGAUUGCUACCGGAGAUAAGGGCGGAGGCCAGGGAGAAGUUCCAUUAGUCUUGAGCAAAUCAGACCAGGAUUACCUAUGAUCCUGCUGGGCGCCGCGAGGAAGUCGGAAAAGGAAGAUAGGCGCUUUUGAGGAACCAAAAUGGCAGAAAGCGUGACUCCAAUCUGGAAUUCAAGACGAGUAGCAAUAACGAGCGCAAGAGCCUUAAAUUUUUGAGCGUUCCUAAUCUUCCUCCCUUCCUAAUCUCCCCGCGGCCUGCCAGCUGUUCUCUCUUUGCUCCGUUCCUCCUUCUCCAUCUUUUUCACCCUUCUUAUCCUCCACCCACGCCACCAUCGCUACUUCAUUCUACUUCGACGAGCGGUUGCGACGCACCGAGAUCUCGUCGGACACGAUGGACAUGAGCAGUGAGUCGAGCACCGCUAGGUGGUACGAGCCGCCUAGGUCGUCGCUGGAGCCGCCUUCGGGGGGCGCCGGGGUGGCCGGGGUGGUUGGCAACCCCAGCGACUACAGGGGUUACUACCCCCACGCCGGACCAACGGCGCACCACGCCACAUCCGCGGUCGCACACUACGCCCACACAAGGAUGUCCAGCAGCGGCGUAUCGAGCGGCCCGGUGAGCCAGGUCUGCCGGCCGCAUUUUCACAGCUCGGUUCUCCAUCCGUGGUUAUCCGGCAGCAGCGCGGACACCUCGAAGCCUUGGGGAUUUCCCGCAACGACGGCGACCACGGGCGGUGCCGUGAGCGACGAGAAGCCACAAAGUCCUUUGGGAUCCUCGUUGCCGCCCACCACCGGAAGUCUGUCGAGUCACGGUGGCGGCGGCGGCCAUCAUCUCUUCUCCUUUCCGCCAACGCCACCAAAGGAUGCUACACCCGACAGCAUAACCGCCAGCACGACGUCCAGUACGAACAACAAUAACUCGACGAGCGCCAACAACAACAAUAGUGGCAAUCCUCUCUCUGGACUGGGAGGUGGUAGCACCAGCGAGUACCAAGCGGCGGCGGUCGCGCACGCGGCGGUGAUGGGCGCAUUUAUGCACCACCAGGACGCACUGGGUACUUCCGGCGCGAGCUCGUGCGACAUCAAACCGAUGCUCGGCCAUCAUCACGGGGCGCCCUCGCCGCCGCACCAGCAGCACAAUGGCUCCAACAACGGCAGCAACGGUCCCGCUGGCACAAACGGCUCUUCCGCUGGCCAGGUGAAGCAGCGAGAAGAGGGUCGCGAGUGCGUAAAUUGCGGCGCCACAUCGACACCUCUCUGGAGACGAGAUGGCACCGGUCACUACCUCUGCAACGCCUGCGGGCUUUAUUACAAGAUGAACGGUCAGAACCGACCUCUCAUCAAGCCGAAACGACGCCUGUCGCUGCAGAGCGCGGCGAGACGAGCGGGCACCAGCUGCGCCAACUGCAAGACGGCCACCACGACCCUCUGGCGAAGGAACCAGGCUGGCGAGCCGGUCUGCAACGCUUGCGGACUCUACUACAAAUUGCACAAUGUGAACCGACCGCUGACGAUGAAGAAGGAGGGUAUUCAGACGAGAAACAGGAAGCUCUCGUCAAAGAGUAAGAAGAAGAAGACUGGCGGUUGCCUAGGCCUCGGUGUCAUGGGUGACAUGAUCAAGGCCAGUGGACAUCUCGAUCUCGAUAACAAGCCCUUCCACUCUGGAUUUGGGUCGCCAAUGGGUGCGUCGCAGCAUCAUCACACGAUGCAUCCGGCGAUGCAGCAUUACAUGUAUCACACGGGUGUCGGCGUGGCCGGAGGUCUUCAUCAGGGAUUUGCGCCACCGGCGCCGCCCCCCAUCCACCCGCACUCGCAUUCGCAUUCCCAUUCUCAUCACAUGACGAGUCUUCAGGGUCUACAGCUGGCUGCCACGACGAACGCAAUGACCGGCUGGCGAUCGGAGUACACAUGAAUUGUGAGUGGCUAGCAGCUCAGGACGCAGCCCACCACUGUCACGCUGUAAUGUAAAAAGAGAGAGAGAAAAAAAGGAAAAAAAGAAAAAAUUUACGCAAAAAGCUCCUCUUCUCUUCCUCGCACGCGGGCCUACUUCAAGGAGCACGAUCGAGUCACUGACGGCAUGAGAGUCCGUCUCUGGGAUACCGUGCCGGUAUCCCAGGACCUCGCGUCCUUGCGCACGGCUGCGAGAACGCGUUGUGGAUCUCCCUCUUAAGUGAAAGCUCGUUGUAAAUAUGUAAAGUUUCAGUAGGGCCAUCGAGCCCCGGCCCCAAGUACAAAGGAAAAAUCAGUUGCUGUAUUGAGACUUUAAUAUGAUACAUAGCAUGUAAAUAUAUAUUAUAUAGAUACAAGAAUUUAUAUGCGGUCGCGUGCGCGUGCGUGUGCGUGUGUGUUACGUCAAAAAAGGAAGAGCGAGAGAAAGCAAGAGAGAGAGAGAGAAUGAAGGAAUGAAUGUGAGUGCGCAUGUAAUGGUUUGUUUCAGAUAACUCCUGAAAGGAUUCUAGACGCGCGAUCGGAUCCUGGACCACUGUGCGGAAUGAUCGCAAAGCACCGCCUUUCGCGCGACAAAUCGCCGAUUCGCGCCUAGAAUCGCUUCCGAGGGAGAGCCGCGAGUGUGCAGAAAGCGCGCGAGUGAAAGAGUGCACGCGUGUGCAUGCCGGCAUGGAAAUCGACGGCGUUAUUGUGCAAUUUUGAGAAGCCGUAAUCGACGGGCGUUCGUAACUCGGUGCGGGAUCGUUUGGACGUUCCGCGGAAAUUCUCGCCGUCGGUCGCGUCAGCGAGUUUCACGGUAGCAACGUUGGAACUCGCCUCGAGUACCUCAUUGUCUGGUUGAGCUUGAACGAACGGCAGCGACCAGUCAAAACGGAAACUCGCCAGACAUUUCACGUCGCAUUAUAUUCUAUCUCUUUUAAAAGGCAAUAGUGUAUUCUUAUUGGAAACAACUAUCUUUGUUUGUCUACUAAAAUCGCUGAUAAAUAUUUACGAACCUCACUUUUUACUUGGGAGUGAAGCAAUAAUCGAGGCACUUCGAUCAGACGGCGAGACAUUUCUUUUUAGGAAAUAUUUACGAUACAGCCGGUCGCGCGUAAUUCGCUCCUUUCUUAAGAAAGGAUCGAGCUUCAUAAUUGGCUCCGGCGUACAAUUAAUUUCACAGGAAUUGAAAUAUUUUCUUUUUAUGAUGUUUCAAAGCGAAUUGAACCUUGAUCGCGGUUUCACGCUGGUAGUACCCGAGAUCAAGCUUUCUCAGAUUUUUUAACGAUUUUCGAGUGUAUCUUUAUCUCUUUAAAUGUUCACUUUCAGCGUCCAUUCGUCCAGCACCGUUCUGUGUGUCGUACUGGUUAGUGAUAAUCACGUAAGUGUAAUAAAAAACGAUUAAAAUUAAAUUCGUAAAUUAUAUACGAUGCCUUCGGCGAUCGCGCCUGCGAGUCCAGCGAUCGCGAUCGCCGAGUCGCACGAACAUUAGCUUCAUAAUUUAGUCACGGCAAAUCACACACAUCACACACGAUGAAAACUACGCAUACACACAACAUACACAUGUGGAACAGUUGCAGUCGAGGCAAGGAAUACAAAAAAACACGCGACUAAAGGCAAAAGUGUAAAUUUUGUAUCUUCAAGAUUGUGUAUCGUUAUUGUAAUAAUAAUAGUAUAUAUAUGCAAAAAUGAGCAAAAUAAAAUAUAUAUAUAUAUAUAUUAUAAAAAAAUAUAUAUUCCCCGAAUAUGUGCGGCGAGUGACCGUCGCGCGCGUUAAGUGAUUGUGUAUAAUUAGCGACUAAUAAACGCGCAUCUCAUAAACAAUCGUGCAUAUAGAUAGUCAGCAGGAUGUAAUUGACGACUCAUCGGCGAGCGAGCACGAGAGAUCGAACACGGGGACGAGGCACCGGCCGAUCGUUAGUAUUGUCAUUAUCGUUAUCGAUCACAUCGUCGAUUGAUUGUCCAUUGAUUGAUUAAUCGUGAGAAGAGACUCACUCGCUUAAGUUCCGAACACAUUGUGAUUUUUCGAUUUAGAAGUUUUACCACUCGCGUAUGUUUUUCUGCGACUAAAUAGACGUACAUAGAUAAUACGAACGGGAGGAAGUGACAAGGGGUGAGGGGGAAGAGAAGAGAUAUUAAAAGGAGAUCGGGAGAGGGAUUUAGACGAACGAAGGACACUUGCGCUUUCAGAUAUCACGCGUUUUUUUUCCUUUCGCUGCGAGGACCUUCGUCCUUUCUUCGAAGGGAAUACACCUUGGUAGUUCAACGUGAAAGAGGAAGUGAGGGAGGAAGGGUGGGCGACGAGCGGCGGCAAUUUUUCAAAAGACUGAAAGAAGGAAACGCGAAAGUCGAGUAUCGAUGGUUACUUUUUUCGUGCGAGCCCCUCGCGCGUCCAAGUGGAAAGGACCGUGAGAGGAGGAGGAGAAGAAGGAGGAGGAGGAGGAGGAGGAGAGGAAGGAGGUAUCUAUUACUAGUAUUACUAGGGAGUAGCGUGUAGCCUGUGUAUAAAAAAUAUAUAUAUAUUAUGAUUUUUAAGGGUGGCCGAUCGCCCGCACGAAUCCGCGAGCGAAAUUAAAAGAGCGGGUGAGAUUAAGGGGCGCGGACGAGACGAGGACAAUUUUUCGAGGGGAAAGAAAAACGAAGCGAUUCUCUUGCACGCGAGAACGUGCGGCGAGAAUGUUUAUUGGAUGUAAAAAAGAAAAGUGACACACAUUGUAAGAUAUCAUUGUAAAAAGAGGUUUUAACUUAAAAUAAAUUAAAUGAUACAUUACACAUACACCGACCAAUCUUUAAUCGAAUAUUAUGUGAUUAUAGAUGUGCAUAUGUACAAUGUAUAGCGUUAUACUCUCUCCCAGCCUCUCGCUCUUUCAUUCCUGUCUUCUUUUCCUCCUUUCCUCUCUCUUUCUUGCUAUUACGCUAAAAACCGUCCGUCAGUUCUUCUAUCCUGCUGUCUUGAUUUAACACUCGAUUUAUUCUCGCAUCCGGUUGUUUUUCUCCCGAUUGGUAAUACCGUCGAUAACAACAUUGCGUUAUCACCGGAUAUCGGAGAUAAUGUAAAUUUUCUUUGACAGCUCGAAAUUACUACGCGACAACUCUCUUUUAAUAAAUCACGUGCGUUGUAUAACCGGUAUUACGGAAUUAUUAAUGAUUUUAUUCAGCUUAUCCUCCUCCUCACUCUCUCUCGCUCUCUCUCUCUCUGUCGUUCCUCUUGUCUCUCCUUCUUUCUCUCCAUCGUCGCGAGCGUGACGAUGUCGUAUCGUUAUCUCGGUCGAUGUCGCGACGCCAACACGCGGCUGCCACGAAUUGAAUUUCUUUUCGCUUCGAGCUCGCGCGAGAGACAGCCCGGCACCCUUAAUCAAUCACGCGUGCCGAUAAUAAUAUCGUUAUAGAAUUAUUAAUGAUUCCAUUUCGCUCGCAUUGCGGCGCCGUAAUGCCAUUAUCGGCGAUGUCGUGAGCGAAAUUCUUUCGCGUCCAGAAACAAUGCCAACGUCGUGUGAUAAAUCACACGCUACGACGGUAAUAUUGCUCGUGCGCGAUCGUUGACCAAAUUGUAUCGCAACGCCGAUCGACAAUGUACACAGACCGCAAAAGUCCCAUUAACAAUCGUUAGCAAAACUAUUAUACGAGUAAGAAUUGUGCAUUUUUAUCAUGACCAUUCACGAUUAAUUGCAAGCUUGACAGCGGCGUCAAAAUCUGUUUUAACAGUUGUAUUAAUUAUAAUAUCUUGCUUUAUUUUUCACUUCCAGACAUAUUUCUAAAUAUAUUUUAUAAAUAUUAUACUUUUCAUAUUUUUCAAUAUCAGGUAUUGAAGAUUUUAAAUUUCUCGACAAUGGAGAAUACAAUAUUAUUUCACUAAAAUAUUAAUCGAAAUCGCACUAUUAAUCUCAAAAAGAAAAUAUCUUUAUAAAGCAUUUUUUCUUCGUUUCAAACAUAUGUUUCAAUGAGAGGAUACGAAUCUCUCCUUCUGAAAGUUAAAGGAUUACUUUCUCGGUAAUAACAACGACCGUGUGACGGGGAACAAAGCCGGGGAUGGAGUCUAGAUCGAAGUCGAUUAGCUUCCCUUAUUAAUUAAAAGGCGUAACUUAAUUGAGUCUUAUCGGGUGGACGAGGUGUUUACAUGUAAAUCGAGGCAGCAACCGCGUACGAGAUAACGCCGUGAUCGCCGUGGCACGCAAAUAAAUCUCCCCCCGCGUACGAUAAUAUCGAUAGCCGCGCGCGACAACUUCGAUCAUGCUCGACGUGUUAAUGGGUCUGGAUAAUAAGAAAAAAGGCCAGCCAUUACGAGGCCUGUAAUAAAAAGACGGAACAGCGGAAGAGCAUCCAAUAACCAGUCCUUACGGGGAUCCGUUCUGCGAUCUGAUCAUAUCCGAUCAUAAUCGAUACAAUAAUCAGCGCACUCCGUCUCCCCGAUGUUUCUCUCUCUCUUUCUCUCUCCAUUCGAGAGAAGAUAUGGCUCUCUUCGCUCGGAAAAUUCGAUAAUAAAUUGUAACGAUACGUCAUCGUUGCGUAAUGACGGUGUAUGUUAACUCCUUACGGUCGAACUCUCUUUUCCCUCCCGUUAAAAUAGCAAUAUCUGAGAUAUUUCUCCUCUGAUGAACGAGUGUAAUAAUAAGUUGACAGAGAUAAUUCUUUUGCCGUACCGCACGGCGAGGGAAUUAUAUCCGCAAAGAUUUUAUACGACGCAACUUGCGAAGGUGAAACUGUAUAUCGAAGAGAUUUUCACACUGCGAGGUCCGAUAUAUCUUGCGAAAGAUUUAGGUGGUACCGAUAACUGUUAUUUUAUCUACAAGAGGUGUUAAAGCGCGAGUUGAUGCAGCACGCGGGGUUUCAAAGUGAAGGACGGUUAUCUCGUGCAACCAAUUAUAAAUUGUACCGUAACCGUUAACUACUGUGUAUUUACUUGAAAAUUUAUAAAUGUGUGAUACCUACUUAA